CCCCUACCCCAGUAUCUCACUCUUACAGCUUUGUCUUCACGCAAUUCCACUACCACACUCUUCAUUUCAAUCUUCUGAUAUUUCUCUCUCUUCACUCCUCAACCAACAAUGGCGGAUGAGGUGAUUUUGUUGGAUUCUCUUCCCAGUAUGUUUGGCAUGAGGGUAAGGAUCGCACUGGCAGAGAAGGGCAUCGAGUACGAACGCAAAGAAGAGGACUUGUCCAACAAGAGUCCUCUGCUUCUCAAAAUGAACCCGGUUCACAAGAAAAUCCCUGUUCUCAUCCACAAUGGAAAACCGGUCUGUGAGUCUCUCAUAAUUGUUCAGUACAUUGAUGAGGUCUGGAAACACAAGGCUCCUCUCUUACCCUCUGAGCCUUACCCUAGAGCUCAAGCUAGGUUCUGGGCUGAUUAUAUUGACAAGAAGAUCUAUGAUGCUGGGAAGAAGAUAUGGACCACAAAAGGGAAAGAACAGGAGGCAGCCAAGGAGGAGUUCAUAGAGUGCCUGAAGGUGUUGGAGGGAGUGCUUGGGGACAAUCCAUACUUUGGUGGUGAGAAGUUUGGGUUUGUUGAUGUCGCUCUUGUGCCGUUCUAUAGCUGGUUUUAUGCGUACGAGACUUUAGGCAACUUCAGCAUUGAGUCAGAGUGUCCACAGCUGGUGGCAUGGGCUAAGAGGUGCAUGGAAAAGGAGAGUGUGUCCAAGUCCCUUCCUGACCCCCACAAGAUCUAUGACUUCGUUUUGGGAAUGAAGAAGAAGUUUGGCCUAGACUAGAAAUAUCAACCUCCGUUAAUCUCUAAAUGUAGUAUUGUAUUUUAUAGAUUUUUUUUUUUUUUUUUUUUUUUUUUUUUUUUUUUUGGGAGUCUUUGUAGUUCUUUCUCCUGAGAGUUUGUGGUUUUCUUAGUGUGUUUUUUCACUAAAAACUGUAGAAUGGUUUGAGGGAACUCAACCCAUAGAGAAGCUCAAGCUUGGGUGGUUUUGUUUGUUAAUAUAAUAAAGGAUGAAAUGCAGCGUGCUUGGUUAAA